AUGAAGGCCUCAGGGAUGCUUCAAGAAUAUAAGGUGGCGGGGUGCUGCCUGCCGACCCCCAAAUGCUGCACACCGCCCCUCUAUCACAUGAGAAUUUUUGCACCUAAUCAUGUUGUUGCCAAGUCCCACUUCUGGUACUUUGUGUCUCAGUUGAAGAAGAUGAAGAAAUCCUCAGGGGAAAUCGUCUACUGUGGACAGGUGUUCAAGAAAUCUUCCCUGCGAGUGAAGAACUUCAGCAUCUGGCUACAUCAGGACUCCCACAGCGGCACCCACAUGUACCAGGGGUACCAGGACCUGACCACCGCUGGUGCCAUCACCCAGUGCUACCAAGACAUGGGUGCCUGGCACCGAGCCCGGGUCCACUCCAUCCAGAUCCUGAAGGUGGAGGAGAUCGCAGCCAGCAAGUGCCGCCGACCAGCGGUCAAGCAGUUCCACGACCCCAAGAUCGAGUUCCCGCUGCCCCACCAGGUCCUCCGUGGCCAGCACAAGCCAUGCUUCACCAAGAGGCCCAACACCUUCUUUUAGGUGCAGGCCCUCUGUCCACAGGUCUGCCCAAAUAAAACAUAGUGGGAAAACCUAAAAAAAAAAAGAAGCGAGGGCCCCUUAUCACUGAAUCCUCAAUGCUUACUACGGUCUCCGGGUCAGCUGUUGUCACUGACCUUCUCACCAACUUCCAGAAGUGAGGAGGACUCUAUGGACAAAUGCUUCUUCUCCACUUCCCCAGUUAACUGCUUAUACCCAGGGCCCACCCUCAGCCUCAAGUCAGGGGUCAAAGGGCCUCAGGGAGAUCAGAAGGACUCAGAAGCAGGAGGAGGAGCCCUGAUGUCUAUCAGCAUUUGCCAAGAAACUACUGUUUUCUCCACAAUUCUAAGAGCUUCUGA